GUGCAAUUUAUGAAAUUGGAGACAAGUCUAAAUUAGAAUUCUUUCUUUUAAAGGGGAAGAAUUCUUGAGAGAUUUGUUGGGAUUAUGUUGAGCAGUGAAGCUUUUGUUUUUGUUUUUCUUGGUUUAAUUUGGUAGCUACUUCUCUUACCUCUUUCUCUUUAAGCUUGUUGUAGGACACAACCCACUUCUUCUUAGCUUCAGUAUAAUGAUGUCUGAAGAUGGAUUUUCUGCUCCCUCUACCUUCAGAGGCUUUGUUCAUCAAGAACCAAACCUAAACCCUAACCCUAACCCUACAACAAAUCCAGUGAAGAAGAAGAGAAAUUUACCAGGAACACCAGAUCCAGAUGCAGAAGUUAUUGCUUUAUCACCAAAAUCUCUCAUGGCAACAAACCGAUUCAUUUGUGAAAUCUGCAAUAAGGGUUUCCAGAGAGACCAAAACCUUCAACUUCAUAGAAGAGGUCACAAUCUUCCAUGGAAGCUGAAGCAAAGAUCAACCAGAGAGGUUCGAAAGAAGGUAUAUAUCUGCCCUGAAAAUAGCUGUGUACAUCACGAUCCAUCGAGAGCCCUAGGCGAUCUCACAGGGAUAAAGAAGCACUAUAGCAGAAAACAUGGAGAAAAGAAGUGGAAGUGCGAGAAAUGUUCAAAGAAAUACGCAGUUCAAUCAGAUUGGAAAGCUCAUAGCAAGAUCUGUGGCACCAGAGAGUACAGAUGUGACUGUGGCACCCUCUUCUCCAGGAAGGAUAGCUUUAUCACCCACAGAGCCUUCUGUGAUGCUUUAGCAGAAGAAAGUGCACGAUUCACUUCUGUUUCAGCAACCAUUAAUGCGAACUUUAGAAAUGAUUUGAUCAAUGGAGCUCCCAACAGUAAUCCGCAUCAAUCCACUGGGAUAUCCCAAUUUUCAUCUGUUCUUAGACCAGAGUUUGCCACAGGAUCCGAGCUGGUAGGUGAUCUUAGCAUGGUUGAUGGGCAAAAGCCAAGGCUUCCGAUGUGGCUAGACCAUGCCAACACUCAAAUGAGCGCAAUUGGUGUUGCAAACAAUUCUACUUUCUUGCCCGAAUUUGUUCACGCACCACAGGUGAACAUGUUUGGUUCAGCAUCAUCGCAAGCUCAGUGGCUCAAUAAGUACCAAGUAGAAUCAUUUGCCGGCGGCAGCAAUCUCUCCGUAUCUGCAUUGCCACGAGGACUAAAAGAGGAAGAAGGGAACACAGGAGAUCUAUCUGAAUCUAUUACUUCUUUGUAUUCAAGUAAUCAGCAUCAGCAGCAAAGAAACUCGGCUCGCAUGUCAGCUACUGCACUUUUGCAAAAAGCAGCCCAAAUGGGAUCUACGAGGAGCAACCCAGCAUUCAGUACCAGCAAUGGAAUUCCAUUGAUGAGCUCACCAUCUCUCUCAAAUGUGACAAGCUUCAACUCUUAUGACCAAAGCAAAAGUAAAGAAACACUCAAGUUUCUGAGCAGGCAACCAAAUCAAGCUGCGGAGAACUUCAACGAACUAGCUAACUCGCUUUCUCCUUCAACUCCAGCCACGUUGUUGGGUGAAUCGAACUCGAACACAAUUUUGAGUACCACCAGCAAGGACUUGAAUCAUUUCAUGAUGCAAGCAAAUAGGAAGCAACACCAUGGAAGCUCCAGCGAAGUAGAAGCAAGUUUAACCAGAGAUUUUCUUGGUGUAGGAGGUGAAACACGGAGACCAUUCCUGCAACAAGAGCUAGCGAAGUUUGCAUCCAUUAGUUCAGGAAUGGAUUUGAGCCAAUAUAAUUCUGGGCAUCGCUGAGUUAAUCCAACUCAAGAAGGUAAGAUUGUUGUACUAUAUAGUUUCUUUCUUUUUACACAGUACAUUGAGAAAGUAGAAUAUUAGAUGAAAACAGACAAAACUGAAGAAGAAAGCCUGAGUACCGAGUUGCACUUAGAGGAAGAAAGUGAGUGAACUCGCACGAGUCAAGAGUGAGAGACUUGUAAUUGGUCAGGGACGUGGGGACCACUUCAUUGGAAGAGACUUAACAGAAACAGACAGACAUGGAAAUCAAUCAGAGGAGGUUUGGGACCCUCCCUGCAUGUAGUUUGUAGUUUCUCUCCCUUCUCUUCUUCCUCUCUCUCUCUCUCUCUCUUUUUUUUUUAAAAUCUUGGAAUAAAAAACAACCUUAAUGCAAGUUAAUUAGUUGAUCAA